GGCCAUGGGGCCCCCCCGCGCCCGCUAGGCACUGCGCGGGGCGCGCCCGCGGAGCCGCCCUCCCGCGCCGGGGCUGGCGGACUCCCGGUCUCCGCAGCGGGAGGAGGAGGAAGAGGAGGAGGAGGAAGGACCCGGGGUGCUGGCGGCGGAGCCCGGGGAGCUGAGGACCACCGGCCUCCCUCUGCGCCGUCGUCUUUGUGUCCCCCGGCGGAGCGAGGGGCCGCGGGCAGGGGAGCGGAUGCAAAGAGCGGCUGGUGCUGGAGGGGGAAGAGAAAAAGGGGGAUGGUGGAAGAUUUCUGUCCCGGAUUUUUGGUGUGGCUUUUUUUUUUUUUUUUUUUUUUCCUGGUGGUCUCCUCGGCGGCGGCUGUUCUUCCCCAGAAGCAGCAGCAGCAGCAUAGGCAAUGACUGCCGCAUAAGAAUCGUCUGACCGGUGGUGCCUGCUCUGGAGACACCACCUGGGUCUGAAGUUGCCCGUCUGAAGGAGGUAAAUCGGAGCGGGGCUUUGGUCCAGAGGGAUCGGUGACGACGGGGGAGAAGAGGGAGCGAUCGCCUCCCCCAUCCCCGCACACCCUCCGUCCUCCGGGAGGGAGCCUGUGUAGCAGAACACGGCAGAAGAGGAGAGACUCUUUCUUAAUCUUGGGGGUUUUUUUCUGGUUUUUCUUCUCCUUUUUCGUUUUUUAAAUUUAUUUUUUAAAAAUCUCCUUCCUUGAGGGACGUUCCGUGCUUCUUACUCCCACCCCCUUUUCCUCCUUGCUGGGGCCUUUGGUACUGGUCUGCUUCUUACCCCCACCCGUGGUUUUAAUGGCUGGAUUGUGGCAGCAGCUCCCUGCUGCAGGUUGUUGAGGGACUGAUGAGGACUUGCAUCUCGGGAGCCGGAGGUGACUAAGGGUAAGAAACCUCCCCGCGGAUGGAUGCUCACCACCCCUUGCCUGCCCGUCAGUCUCGCCCUUGCCCGCUUGCGUUGGGCACACGCUUGGAUUGAUUUCGUAAUAAGGGUACUUGGUCUUCGGGGGGCUGGAUCCUCCAGAAAUGCUGAAUUUGGAACUCUGCAAGAACGAGUCUGUGGAUUCUUAGCAUGUGAAGAACAAGGAAAGGUCUCAAACUCUGGAUACUGGCUGUGGAUUUUUUUUUAUUAUUAUUUUUUUUUUUGGUUUAUUUUCUCCUUUACUGAUGUGAAUUGAAGGCCAACAGUUGAAGUGUUGGAAGCAAGUGCAGGAGGACACUCACCUUGUUUUGUUUGAACCCUGGUUUGCUGGGAUACUCUCAAGCCCUCCUUCACAGUCAUGUGGUCAUCACAGCUGCUGUUCUUCACAAUCCUGCUAACACCAAUAGUCCAUGCUUUCAGCCGUGCCCCAGUGCCCAUGGCUGUGGUCCGCAGGGAGCUGUCCUGUGAGAGUUACCCCAUCGAGCUGCGCUGCCCCGGCACAGACGUCAUCAUGAUCGAAAGUGCCAACUACGGGAGGACUGAUGAUAAAAUCUGUGACUCUGAUCCUGCUCAGAUGGAGAAUAUCCGCUGUUAUCUGCCAGAUGCCUAUAAGAUUAUGACUCAAAGAUGCAGUAAUCGGACCCAGUGUGCGGUUGUCGCUGGCCCUGAUGUGUUUCCAGACCCUUGCCCAGGGACGUACAAGUACCUGGAAGUGCAGUAUGAGUGUGUCCCUUACAAAGUGGAACAAAAAGUUUUUCUUUGCCCUGGACUGUUGAAAGGAGUUUACCAGAGUGAACAUUUAUUUGAAUCUGACCACCAAUCCGGUGCCUGGUGCAAGGACCCUCUGCAGGCAUCUGACAAGAUCUACUACAUGCCCUGGACACCUUACCGGACAGACACACUGACAGAGUACUCCUCCAAGGAUGACUUCAUUGCUGGCAGACCAACCACCACCUACAAACUCCCACACCGGGUGGACGGCACGGGAUUUGUUGUGUACGAUGGGGCUUUGUUCUUCAACAAGGAACGAACCAGGAACAUAGUCAAGUUUGACCUGAGGACAAGAAUCAAAAGUGGGGAGGCUAUCAUAGCUAAUGCCAAUUACCAUGACACCUCUCCCUACCGCUGGGGAGGCAAGUCUGAUAUAGACCUGGCUGUGGAUGAGAACGGGCUCUGGGUAAUCUAUGCAACAGAACAAAACAAUGGCAAAAUAGUCAUUAGCCAAUUAAACCCUUACACGUUAAGGAUUGAAGGGACAUGGGAUACUGCCUACGACAAGAGGUCAGCUUCCAACGCCUUCAUGAUCUGUGGGAUUUUAUAUGUGGUGAAGUCUGUGUACGAAGAUGAUGACAACGAAGCCACAGGGAAUAAAAUAGACUACAUAUAUAACACUGACCAAAGCAAGGAUAGCAUGGUGGAUGUGCCCUUUCCAAACUCCUACCAGUACAUUGCUGCUGUGGAUUAUAAUCCCCGGGACAACCUGCUUUAUGUGUGGAACAACUAUCAUGUUGUGAAAUAUUCCUUGGAUUUCGGCCCACUGGACAGCAGAGGAGGGCAGGCUCACCACGGGCAGGUUUCCUACAUUGCCCCACCAAUCCACCUUGAUUCGGAUCUGGAGAGACUGCCAUCCAAGGGUGUAUCCACAUCAGGGGCUCUGGGCCCUGGCAGCACCACCACCAGCACCACCCCACGAGUGGCCACCAGCAGCACCGGCCGCCCUACCACCACCACCUCAGCCUCGGGCAGGAGGAACAGGAGCACCAGCACACCAUCACCCAUGGCUGAUGUCCCCGAUGAAAUGACCACACACCUCCCACCUGCCUCCUCCCAGCUGCCACCAGCUGGGGCAGAGAGCUGUGACCCCGUGGAAGCCCGGGACAUUAUGUGGUCUCGGACUCGGCAGGGCCAGGUGGCGAAGCAGCCGUGUCCCAUGGGCUCCAUAGGGGUUGCAACCUUCCGGUGUCUUGCGCCAGACGGGAUCUGGGAGACCCAAGGACCUGAUCUCAGCAACUGCUCCUCUCCUUGGAUCAACCACAUCACUCAGAAGAUGAAGUCAGGGGAGAUGGCUGCCAACAUUGCCCGGGAGCUUGCAGAGCACACCAAAAACCACCUGUAUGCUGGUGACAUCACCUACUCUGUGUCUGCCAUGGUCCAGCUGGUGAACUUGCUUGAUGUGCAGCUCAGAAACCUGACUCCAGGUGGGAAGGACAGUGCUGCACGCAGCUUAAAUAAGCUUCAGAAAAGGGAGCGCUCUUGCAGGGCCUAUGUCCAGGCCAUGGUGGAGACUGUGAACAACCUCCUGCAGCCACAGGCUCUGAAUGCCUGGAGGGACCUGAACGCGAGCGAGCAGCAGCGUGCAGCCACAAAGUUACUUGACACUGUGGAGGACAGUGCCUUUGUGCUGGCUGACAACCUCCUGAAGACAGACAUCGUCCGGGAAAACACUGACAACAUCCAGCUGGAAGUUGCAAGACUAAGCACAGAUGGGAGUCUGGAAGAUCUGAAGUUUCCCCAGAAUGUGGGCCAUGGGAGUGCCAUUCAGCUGUCAGCAAAUACCUUGAAACAGAACGGUCGAAACGGUGAAAUCAGGGUGGCUUUUGUGCUGUACAACAACCUGGGCACCUAUCUCUCCACGGAGAAUGCCAGCAUGAAGUUGGGAACAGAAGCAAUGUCAACUAAUCAUUCUGUCAUUGUCAACUCCCCUGUCAUCACGGCAGCAAUAAACAAGGAGUUCAGUAACAAGGUUUACCUGGCUGAUCCUGUGGUGUUUACUGUCAAGCACAUCAAGUCAGAAGAAAAUUUCAAUCCCAACUGCUCGUUCUGGAGCUACACCAAGCGUACCAUGACAGGCUACUGGUCCACCCAGGGAUGUCGCCUCCUGACAACCAACAAGACCCACACCACCUGCUCCUGCAACCACCUCACCAACUUUGCUGUCCUGAUGGCACACGUGGAAGUCAAGCACAGUGAUGCAGUCCAUGACCUGCUCCUGGACUUCAUCACGUGGGUUGGCAUCCUGCUCUCACUGGUCUGUCUCCUGAUCUGCAUCUUCACCUUCUGCUUCUUCCGUGGGCUGCAGAGUGACCGUAAUACGAUUCACAAGAACUUGUGCAUCAGCCUCUUUGUGGCAGAACUCCUCUUCCUCAUCGGCAUCAACCGCACUGACCAGCCGAUUGCCUGUGCUGUCUUUGCUGCCCUCCUGCACUUCUUCUUCCUGGCAGCUUUCACCUGGAUGUUCCUGGAGGGGGUGCAGCUCUACAUCAUGCUGGUGGAGGUUUUUGAGAGUGAAAACUCCCGCAGGAAGUACUUCUACCUGGUUGGCUAUGGCAUGCCUGCUCUCAUCGUGGCCGUGUCAGCAGCUGUGGACUACAGGAGCUAUGGCACAGACAAAGUAUGUUGGCUCCGACUUGACACCUACUUCAUCUGGAGCUUUAUAGGACCAGCGACCUUGAUAAUUAUGCUUAAUGUCAUCUUCCUUGGGAUUGCUCUCUAUAAAAUGUUUCAUCAUACUGCCAUACUGAAACCUGAAUCUGGAUGUCUUGACAAUAUCAAGUCCUGGGUAAUAGGUGCAAUAGCCCUGCUCUGCCUUCUAGGACUGACCUGGGCCUUCGGACUCAUGUAUAUUAAUGAAAGCACAGUCAUCAUGGCCUAUCUCUUCACCAUAUUCAAUUCUCUGCAGGGAAUGUUUAUAUUCAUUUUCCAUUGUGUCCUCCAGAAAAAGGUACGGAAGGAGUACGGGAAAUGCCUGCGCACACACUGCUGCAGUGGGAAAAGUACAGAGAGCUCCAUUGGCUCAGGAAAAACCUCGGGGUCACGGACACCUGGAAGAUACUCCACAGGCUCACAGAGCCGGAUUCGUAGGAUGUGGAAUGACACAGUUCGAAAGCAGUCCGAGUCUUCCUUUAUUACUGGAGAUAUAAACAGUUCAGCUUCACUCAACAGAGAGGGGCUUCUGAACAAUGCCAGGGAUACAAGUGUCACGGAUACUCUACCACUGAAUGGUAAUCACGGCAACAGCUACAGCAUUGCCAGCGGCGAGUACCUCAGCAACUGCGUGCAAAUCCUUGACCGUGGGUACAACCACACCGAGAACGCCCUGGAGAAAAAGAUCCUGAAGGAACUCACCUCCAACUACAUCCCCUCCUACCUGAACAACCACGAGCGCCCCAGCGAGCAGAGCCGCAACCUGAUGAACAAACUCGUCAACAGCGUGGGCGGCGGGAGCGAGGACGACGCCAUCGUGCUGGACGACGCCACCUCCUUCACCCACGAGGAGAGCCUGGGCCUGGAGCUCAUCCACGAGGAGUCGGACGCCCCGCUGCUGCCCUCCCGGGUGUACUCCACAGACAACCACCAGCCCCACCUCUACGGCAGGCGACGUAUCCCGCAAGACCACAGCGAGAGCUUUUUCCCCCUGCUGACCGACGAGCAGGGGGAGGAGCUGCAGUCCCCCAACAGGGAUUCUCUCUACACCAGCAUGCCCGCCCUGGCCGGCAUGCCCGCGGCGGACGGCGUCGCCGCCGGCACCCAGACCGACCCCCCCGCGGCCAAAAGCGGCGGCGGUGACGCUGACGAUGUGUACUACAAAAGCAUGCCCAACCUCGGCUCCAGGAACCACGUCCAUCAGCUGCACACGUACUACCAGCUGGGACGGGGCAGCAGUGAUGGUUUUAUAGUCCCCCCAAACAAAGAGGGAACCCCCCCGGACGGCAGCGCAAAAGGACCCGCGCACUUGGUCACGAGUCUAUAGAAGACUCAGGAAAAAAAAAAAAAAGAAUAAAAAUGAAGCAAAUGGACAACAAAAAGCCCCUCCAUAAUGCUCGGUUUACUCUUUUGAGUUAAUCCAAACGGUGGUAAUAUUGUGUGUACUCCUGAAUCUUCAUGCUGUUUGAAAGGAAACUCUUGGACUUUUUUUACUGGAAUUUUUAGGCCAGCCCGGAGAGGACAGUAACUGCUGCCCCCCCACCCCUUCUCCCUUCAUCCUCCUUCCCUCCAGACAGACUUCAUUAUGUUAAUGAAAGAGAUAGAUAAUGGCACACUUUGUGGCCUUCUCAAGUUAUGCUGUGUUUGUUUAAACAAUCCUUGAUGCUGUGUUGCUCUUAAUACCAAGGACCCGAUUUAAGAGGGGGUGGGGGGAAAAAAAGCAAAGAAAAAUAAACGAAAGGCCAAAAAUGUGCAUUUGAAACCAGUAGCGAUGAUGCAUCCGGGUGGUAGUGCUGCACAAAAACAAGUAACAAAACUCUUUCUUACCUGUCCAGAUCACGUCAUGGGUUUUGGUCACUCACAACUUGGUCUCACCACAGUUCCCAUGGCUGUGGGAGCAAACAAAAUGAAAACAAAUUUAAUGAGAUGGAAGGGAAUCCUAGAAUUCUGUGCUAAAGGCAUAUUUUAUGUUUUGCUGUAUUAACGGAUGAUAAAAACUAAUGGCAGAAAAAGAGAAGCAAACAAUUUCUAUGUAAUGUACAGAUACUAGCAUUGCACAUAUAGUCUGCUUUCUGUUCCUCCAGAACUUGCGUCCCUGUUAAUGUAGUGGAAAAAAAAAAAAAAAGAACUUUUUUCUGUUGUGCUGGUCUUGUAAGUUUGUCUACCAGUAGGAGCAAGGCUUUUCAUAACUCCUCCUCCUUUUUUUUAGGUUUUGGUUUGUUUUUUUUUUUUUUAAGUUUUUGCUUUGUCUCUUCCACUACCCCUUCCCUCCAUUCCCUCCCCAUCUCAGUAAAAAAUAAAGUCUCACUGGGGGAAUAAAAUAAAAGCAAACAUCACUUUGUAAGGACCGUUUUUGGUACCACCAUCACUGUUUCUUUUCAGCCAAGGCAAUCUCUUUCUUUCCUCUAUAACUUUUUUCAGCUGGCAUGUUGCAGACAGACCUUCUGGCAGACUAGAGAAGGGCAAACUUUCCCAUUGACAGUGCACAACCCAUCAUGACCAUCCAGGGGCUGAAAUUUGGGGGUUUUAUAGUCACAGCAGGGCUUCCACAGUAGCUGGCCGUAACCCUGGAGGAGUGAAGGGCCUUCAUGGCUCCAUCUGGUCCCUUGGUUUAGGCACUUGUACUGCAGUGGUUAAAAAGAAAAUGGAUUGACACAUAGAGAACUAAAAAUUACUUUGCAGUGAAUUUAAAAAAAAAAAAAAAAAUUAAAAGUCUUCAGUUCAUUAUUUUUCCUAACAGGAAAUUUAUUUAUUUGACAGGAUUUUUAAGUAACAUAGGCUUUCUGGAGGUAAAUUAGCAGCACGGAGUAUGAAUUCUUUUUUUCUUUUUUUUUAAUUUAUGAUCCAUUUUGUAUGGUCUCAACAGUUGAAUGACCUCAUUACUAAUAUUUGUUGUAAAAGUGAAGCUUGUUUGCCAACCAAUAAACAACUGAUCACAAUUUAGAAGA